GGCGACGGAAUUGUGUUGUGUAUAAAUCCGCCAGAGAGCGGGCAAACGAGCACGUGUUUUGUUGCGAGUAAAUUUCAAGUUGUUUAAUUAACAAUGCUGUUUCUUGUCGGUUUGGGAUUAGGAAAUGCGGAAGAUAUUACGAUCAAGGGAUUAGAAAUAGUAAAGAAAGCUGAUAGAGUGUAUUUAGAAGCUUAUACUUCUAUUUUAACUGUAGGAAAAGAAGAAUUGGAAAAGUUUUAUGGAAAAGAAAUAAUUUUAGCUGACAGAGAAAUGGUUGAACAAGAAUCAGAUUCUAUAUUAGAACAAGCAAAAUCAUUAACUGUUGCAUUUUUAGUGGUUGGAGAUCCAUUUGGGGCCACAACACAUACAGAUUUAGUUCUGAGAGCUGUAGAAUCUAAAAUUCCAUAUAAAGUUGUACAUAAUGCUUCUAUAUUAAAUGCUGUAGGUUGCUGUGGCCUUCAGCUUUAUAAUUAUGGAGAAACAGUUUCAAUUGUAUUUUGGACUGAAACAUGGAAACCAGAUAGCUUUUAUGAUAAAAUAGAAGCCAACAGAAAAAGAGGAUUACAUACACUAUGUCUCUUAGAUAUUAAAAUGAAAGAACAAUCAAUUGAAAAUUUAAUGAGAGGUAAAAAAAUAUACGAACCUCCACGUUUUAUGACUGUAAAUCAAGCUGCUGAACAGCUACUGGAAAUUAUUGAAAGAAAACUAAAGGCAGGCUGCUCUGAAAUGGAUCUUGCUUACGAUAAAGAGACCAUUUGUGUUGGCAUUGCCAGAUUGGGCUCAGAAAAUCAGAAAAUCUUAACUUUGAGUCUUGAAAAUAUGAAGAAAGCAGAGUUAGGUGAUCCUUUACAUUCACUUAUCAUUACAGGAAAUUUACAUCCAUUGGAAUUAGAUAUGUUAAAAAUAUUUGCUGAUGAUCAAAAAUGGUUUGAACUUGCAGUUGAAAAAUAUGUACAUCAAUAA